AUGGUUACUACUUUAAACCAUUACCCUUUUGUCUUACGCUACUUUGGUUCUCUCCCGCUGCACCACCUGCCACAACUGUGGACUCAUCCGCCGCCAGUACCGCCACCACCACCACCAGCAGCCGCUAUGCCAAUGGUACAGUUUCGUCCUCGGGUCAUUCGCGCUCCUCCGCUAGCCGUGCUGCCAGCGACUCCUUCGCCCCCCGUUCCACCGGCGCAUCUGCCACCGCCAGCAUCCCACCCCAGAUCUCUACCAUCGGCACUGAUCGGCAAGUACAAGUUCAUUCGCACCAUUGGGAAAGGCAAUUUUGCCAAGGUGAAACUGGCCUGCCACGUGAUCACGGGCAAGGAGGUGGCCAUUAAGAUUAUUGACAAGACGCAGCUCUCUCCCUCCAGUAGGCAGAAGCUCUUUCGCGAGGUGCGAGUCAUGAAGAUGCUUGACCAUCCGAAUAUCGUCAAACUCUUUGAGAUUAUUGCCAACGAGAAAAUUCUAUACCUCGUUAUGGAGUAUGCUAGUGGUGGUGAAGUGUUUGAUUUCCUCGUAACCCAUGGUAAAAUGGCAGAACGGGAGGCACGGGCCAAAUUUCGACAAAUCGUCUCUGCGGUUCAGUAUUGUCAUCAAAAGAAGGUCGUCCAUCGUGAUCUGAAGGCAGAGAACUUGCUCCUGGACGCUCAGAUGAAUGUUAAGAUUGCAGACUUUGGCUUCUCCAAUGAGUUCAGCUCGGACAAGAAGUUGGACACUUUCUGUGGCAGCCCACCCUACGCUGCUCCCGAACUUUUUGAGGUUAGCUAUCCGCGUGUCUUCACUGCCUUUAAAUUAACGAUUACAGGCAUCUGUCAAAGUCGAAGUCUGGGUCGGAAGUACGACGGCCCAGAAGUGGACGUGUGGUCGUUGGGCGUAAUCCUCUACACGCUGGUAUCCGGAGCCCUGCCUUUUGACGGGCAGAACCUGCGGGAGCUACGCGAGCGUGUGCUCACUGGCAAGUACCGCGUACCAUUUUACAUGUCUACCGACUGCGAGGCUCUGCUGCGCAAAAUGCUCCAUCUCAACCCUGCCAAGCGGCACACCCUCGAGGCACGUCCUCAAAAUUUCUUACAUAUUUCUCCAUGCAUAUCCCUCAUGGGUGCACACAAGGAUUCUAGGGAGAAGAUUGACCACUGGAUGUUGGAUCACAAGGCCCCACUACUACCGUUAGGUGCUGUUGAUGAAAUCUGGUCUGUGAUGAAGGAUAAGUGGAUAAACACGGGCUACGAGGACUCCCCCCUGACGCCCUACGUUGAGCCGGAGCCCGAUCUCAACGAUCCAGUGCGCAUCGAGAUCAUGGUGAACAUGGGCUUCUCGCGUUCAGACAUCAUAAAAUCCCUGCAGUCGGGCAGCUUCGAUACUAUUGCCGCUACCUAUUUCCUUCUCGGUCAUCCCACCCCGCCUAGUCUGGAGUCGGACUCAGGACGUGGUUCUGAUCUCUCGCUUCGUUCAAGUGGGUUUAAUAUCGAUGCUGAAGUCGCUGACGAAGUAGGAAUCUGCUGCCUUGAGUCCUCAGGAAUUGAUCCGUUCGUCUGUAGAUGUGAUAUGAAUGUGACGAAUGUUUUCUGUUUCUCCCUCCUCAGUGAAAGAGUAUUUCAUCAACAGACCUCUCAUCUUUGCCUCCGGUUAGGGUGGUUUGAGAAAAUCAUCGAGAAGGUGCUUAGAACGAAUGACCCAACCUCGCCAGCUCGACAAAAUACCCUCACAACAACAGCGCCAGCGACCGUCGCCACAGGUCGCCAGUCAGUGGUGGGGAGUUCAGGUGGGGCACACCAUCACCAUCACUCGCAGUCGCAGACACCAAAUUUCAAUCCUACCAACGCCACCACCACUUCAGCGAAGACUGCAACCGCCAGGUCGGGUAAUGGUCGUCAUCAAGACAACGGAGAGAAAGAGAGGGAGAGGCUGAGUGUUACAAAGUCAUCGGACAAAGAUUCUGGACAAGAUGGUUCCGCAACCUCCACCGCGACCAACGUCACCUGCCGGAAGGCCUCCGUGUUGCGCAACAGUGAGGAGAAUGCUGACGCUGGCCUCACCACCGGUGGCGGCGGCGACUACGUCACCUCGCCAGGCCAGCGCGCAAGUGUUGAUGUUAACAUGCUCACGGGACGUUCAAGUGUCUCCGGACAACGCAAGAACACGGCUGUUGGCGGUGGUGUGCCGAACUCUGGAGGCCAGCGUGCUGUCGGUGUGGCCGCGAUCACUGCCUCUGGUACCGCUGGUCGACGAAACGUACCCGGUACCUCUUCAGGUGAUCAACACCACUACAUUGGCACCACUGCUGCCGCCAACAAUCGACGAUCGGUAGCGGGCACUGGGCCAACCCUUUACACCUCCCCUGGUACCGGGGUUACCUUCGGUGCUACCACCACCACCGCCUCACCUGCCGUUGGUACUUCAGGCGUUACUACAACCGCCGCCGCCGCCGCAUCGUUGCCUCAGUCGCCUCCGCCCACAAGUCCGGGUGGUCUGACGAAGCUAGACAAGGGCGGUGCCACAGGUCAAGCAGGUGGUCGACUCCCCGUCCAUGAAAUGCGAAGUCAAGUGACACCAGCACCAGUUCCCAUGACCAGUCGAUCCUCUAAGGGUCACCACAGCCUCUUGACAGGCACUAGCCUCGCCAGUGCGGCCAACUCCCAUCACAAUGAGCACUCUCUCUUGACACGCGAACUGCCAUCGGUCAGUGAGCAGCAUACCCUACCCUCCAGCGCUGUCCCUCGCUCUGUAAUGGGUGCCAAUGUGGCGGCUCCCGGCGGUCAGCUGGUGAGUGCUGCGGGUCGAACCAACCUUGCACUGUCUGGAACGUCCUCCACGACUCCUGGUGUUAUCAGCGGCGCUGCCACCAUGGCGAGUGGUGGAAACUUCUCACGUCUUACUGCCGAGCGGAGAACCAUUCACACGGCUCCACACCAACUUCCCUCUUCGUUAGACGACUACGAUAGUGCAACCGGUGGUGCGAGCAUUGCGGCGCGAAAUGUUGGUCUCUCCGAGGUCUCUAACACUACCUCCGGUACAGGCGCGAAUUCCAGUGGUGGAGCUGUCAACUUCUUGAAGAGCCUUACGCAGAAGAUUGGCCGGAACCGUCCAGGAAUGAAUCCCUCGACACCGGUGACAUCGCCACAAACAGCCAUUAUGACCACUUCAACAAUAUCCUCGAACGCCUCCGGCGGUAGCACGGACAAGUCCGACUCAGCGAGCGGCUCGAAUGCACUCGACAACUGCCUCGCUGUCGGCUCCAGUGUUGAAGGUGGCAAUGACGGAACUUUGAAGCCUCGCAGUUUGCGUUUCACGUGGACCAUGAAGACAACUUCCACUAAGGACCCGACAGUGAUGCUAAAAGAAAUUAAGAAGGUGCUAACUGAGCAAAACUGCGAGUACGAGCAGCCGGAGACCUACCUCCUUAUUUGUCGUCAUGGCGACCCGGAGGCAGACACGUGUGUGCAGUGGGAGAUGGAGGUAUGCAAACUUCCACGGCUUUCCAUGAACGGAGUGCGGUUCAAACGCAUUUCAGGCACUGCUAUUGGGUUUCGCAACAUUGCUACGAGGGUAUCUGAUGCGCUGCACCUGUGA